AUGAAGGAGGAGAAGAAUAAACAUCCUAAUAAAAUUAAAAUAAAUCUAAUUAGUAAUACUAAGGAGCAGGAUACUAUAAUUAAUAACAAGAUAAGGCUAGAUAAGAUAAACAAGAUAUGCGAGAUAGGUGAAGCCCAAAUACCGCUGUCUAAAAACAAUACCCAGGUACAGGUGUCAGGACAGAAGCGUAAGAGCCGCGAUAAUAAUAUCUUUAAGUAUCAUUAG